UGCUUUUGGGAUAUAUUCAAGAAGCAGUCCUGAUUUCGACAUCAUUAAAAGUGGGAACACAUUCCGAAAAACAUGGACUAACUUUCCAUGACGAUGCCUGAAGAUCAUAUCUGACUGGUAUUAGUGAAUGGAGGUAGUUUUGAUGCACCGUGUGUGUUGUCACCGUAAACAGGCGUCGAAAAAGAAGUGUGCUUCUAGUUGAGAGACUUUGGGCGAGUUGCUCUUUGCUGUGUUUUGAUUCACUUCAGUUCCCCCUCCCCCAAGCUACAAGUUGGCCCAGUGGAAGUGCUCUUCUUCGCCCAUGCACUCAGUCUGCACUCUGUGUAGGUCAGCUGUGCGAGCUGAACUCUCCUAACCCUGAGCUGCAACUGACUUGAAGGCUUCAGCUUUUUCACCCUCACCACCAGCCAAUGUGAUGGAACUGAUGUUCGCAGAGUGGGAAGACGGAGAGAGGUUCUCCUUCGAGGACUCUGACCGCUUCGAGGAGGAUUCCCUUUGCUCCUUCAUCUCGGAGGCAGAGAGCCUGUGCCAGAAUUGGAGAGGAUGGAGAAAACAGUCCGCUGGUCCCAACUCACCUACUGUUAAGAUUAAAGAUGGACAGGUCAUCCCUCUGGUAGAGCUAUCAGCCAAGCAAGUAGCAUUCCAUAUCCCGUUCGAGGUGGUGGAGAAAGUUUAUCCUCCUGUUCCUGAGCAACUUCAGCUUCGCAUCGCCUACUGGAGCUUUCCUGAAAAUGAGGAGGAUAUCAGGUUGUACUCCUGCUUGGCCAAUGGGAGCCCUGAUGAGUUCCAGCGUGGAGAGCAGCUCUAUCGGGUGAGAGCUGUGAAAGAUCCCCUGCAGAUAGGUUUCCAUCUCAGUGCCACUGUCCUCUCACCCCAAGCUGGCCAGUCGAAGGGCGCCUACAAUGUGGCAGUCAUGUUUGACCGUUGCCGCAUCACUUCCUGCAGCUGUACCUGUGGAGCUGGGGCCAAAUGGUGCGCUCACGUGGUGGCGCUCUGCCUCUUCAGGAUUCACAAUGCAUCUGCUGUGUGCUUGCGAGCCCCCGUAUCAGAGUCCCUGUCCAGACUGCAGAGGGACCAACUGCAGAAAUUUGCACAAUAUCUCAUUAGUGAGCUUCCACAGCAGAUCUUACCCACAGCCCAGCGUCUCUUGGAUGAACUUCUGUCCUCACAGUCCACCGCAAUUAACACAGUGUGUGGAGCUCCAGACCCUACCGCUGGGCCUUCAGCUUCAGACCAAAGCACCUGGUACCUGGAUGAAUCCACCCUCAGUGACAACAUUAAGAAGACACUGCACAAGUUCUGUGGCCCUUCCCCUGUAGUGUUCAGUGAUGUGAACUCCAUGUAUCUUUCCUCCACUGAGCCCCCAGCUGCAGCAGAGUGGGCCUGCUUACUGAGGCCACUGAGGGGCAGAGAGCCAGAGGGCAUCUGGAACCUUCUGUCCAUUGUCAGGGAGAUGUUCAAGAGGAGAGACAGCAACGCUGCACCACUUUUGGAAAUCCUCACUGAACAGUGCCUCACUUAUGAACAAAUCAUUGGUUGGUGGUACAGUGUGAGGACAUCUGCAUCUCACAGCAGUGCCAGCGGACAUACCGGCCGCAGUAAUGGGCAGACGGAGGUAGCUGCUCACGCCUGCGCCAGCAUGUGUGAUGAAAUGGUGGUGCUCUGGAGGCUGGCUGUGCUCGACCCCACCAUGAGCCCCCAGAGGCGUUUGGAGCUUGCUGCCCAGCUCAAGCAGUGGCACCUUAAAGUGAUUGAGAUUGUGAAGCGGGGACAGCACCGCAAGUCUCUGGACAAACUCUUCCAGGGUUUCAAACCGGCUGUUGAGUCUUGUUACUUCAACUGGGAAGUGGCAUACCCUCUGCCUGGCAUUACCUACUGCAGUGCAGACAAAAAGAGUGCUUCCUUUGGCUGGGCACGGGCAGCGCAGCCACAGAGAGGGGCCAAAGCAGGGACGAGUGGGGAACCUCUGGAGCCUGGGGGAGGAGGAGGAGGAGGACGUGGUGGGGGAUCUGAAUCUGGAGCUUCAGAACACAAAUCACGUGGCAGCUCCCACCCACCCCAGCAGGAGGUGGCCGUGAGGCCCAAAGAGACCAUUGUGAGCAAAAGAAAAGCUAUUUCUGGAGUGAACAGUGGAGGGAUGUUGGUGCGUUUAGGUGGGGGUAUGUCUCUAUCCAUAGAGGAAAGUGCAAAGGGUGCGUAUAAAGCUUGCAGCUCUUCGUUGUCUUCUAGCAGCAAAGGCAAGCUAACGCAGACUGGUAAGAGUUCGUGUGGAGGUUCAAGCUCUGCUGGUGGGAAGCAUCCAAGUGCUAAACGCCGCACUAGCAGUGAGGACAGCUCUUUGGAGCCUGAUAUGGCUGAGCUGAGCCUUGAUGACGGCUCUAGUCUGGCAUUGGGAGCAGAGGCGAGCAACACUUUUGACUUCUUGCCUCCACCCCCUGAGAUGCUGCCCUCACCCAGCUCUCUGCUCAGAGAGCCACGGAAGUACAGCAGCAGUAGUGGUGGUGGCAACAUCAUAAAGGAGCGAGCGUUUGAAGGUAAACGUGGCAUCCAUGCAGCAAUACCACUGGCUUCUGAAGCCCCUCAGUGCUUCCCCAAAGAAGGCCCAAUGGCAGUAGCAGUGGAGAAAGAGGUGGAUGUAGAGGCAGAACUUGAGGAAAAUGGAGGAGAUGAAGAGUUAGUAGAGGAUGCUCUCCCAUCUAUAUCAGCUAUGGUCACAGCAAAACCUUCUCGAAGUCGAAGAGAGGGAGAAGGAAGCAACGCAGCAGGGACAUCUGGACCCCAGAUCCCAGAGGCAGCAGCUGGUGGAGACCCAGUGGGCGAGGACGAUUACCAGGCCUACUAUCUCAGUGCAGCCUCUGAAGAGGGAGCUGAGAGAGGUGUGCCAGACAGCAACCUUGAGGAAGAACCAGACAUCUUUGCUGGAAUCAAACCUCUGGAGCAGGAAGGUCGGAUGGAGGUGCUGUUUGCCUGUGCAGAGGCUCUGUAUGCUCAUGGUUACAGUAAUGAAGCAUGUCGUCUGGCAGUGGAGCUAGCGAGAGAUCUCCUGGCCAACCCUCCUGACCUCAAAGUGGAGCAGCCACAGACAAAGGGUAAGAAGAGUAAGGUGUCGACCAGCAGACAGACACAAGUGGCAACCAAGACUCUUUCCAAGGCAGCCUUUCUGCUCACAGUGCUGAGUGAGAGACUGGAGUUUCAUAACCUAGCCUUCAGUACUGGCAUGUUUUCAUUGGAACUUCAGAGACCUCCAGCUUCCACCAAGGCCCUGGAGGUGAAGCUGGCAUAUCAGGAGUCUGAGGUGGUUGCUCUGCUGAAGAAGAUUCCUCUGGGUCUUGUGGAGAUGACUGCUAUAAGGGACAGAGCCGAGCAGUUACGUGACGGAAACUUCUGUGAUUAUCGGCCAGUCCUGCCCCUAAUGCUAGCCAGUUUUAUUUUUGAUGUUUUAUGCACUCCGGUGGUCUCUCCCACGGGUUCACGUCCACCUAGUCGUAACCGUAACAACGAGAUGCCAGGUGAUGAGGAGCUGGGCUUUGAGGCUGCUGUUGCUGCUCUAGGUAUGAAGACUACAGUUAGCGAGGCAGAGCACCCUUUGCUGUGUGAGGGCACUAGGAGGGAGAAAGGAGACCUUGCUUUGGCUCUUAUGAUCACCUACAAGGAUGACCAGAGCAAGCUGAAAAAGAUUCUAGACAAGCUUCUUGACCGUGAGAGUCAGACCCAUAAGCCCCAGACUCUCAGCUCGUUCUACUCGAGUAAGCCAGCCACAGGUAGCCAGAAGAGCCCAUCCAAACAUGCGGCACAUGGAAGCAGUUCCACCAGUGUGUCCAAACAUGCCGCGCCGGCUACGACAGGAGGUUCCACCUCUGUGCAAGGUGUUUCCGGUGGUGGGGCGGCUGGGCAGCAGGGUGGGCUGACGGGCACUCGGGUUCAGGGCACGGCAUCAAGUGAGUCAGUCAGCGAGAGCCGAGAGCAAGAUGGAGCUCCGUCAUCCUCGUGUGAGCAGCAGAAUGAGGUGGCUUCUUUUAAGCCUGAGGGCACGGUGCCCAGCCGCUUGGCACUCGGUGGCCGUGGAGCCUAUGGAUCACGCUGCUGGGGCUCACCUGUACGGCAGAAAAAGAAGCACACGGGCAUGGCAAGCAUUGACAGCAGCGCUCCUGAGACCACCUCUGAUAGCUCCCCCACACUCAGUCGUCGUCCGCUGAGAGGAGGAUGGGCAGCGUCUUCUUGGGGGAGGGGUCAAGACAGUGACAGCAUCAGCAGUUCAUCUUCUGAUUCAUUGGGCUCCUCUUCAUCCAGUGGGUCGCGCAGAGCUGGAGGAGGAGCCAGAGCCAAGAGCACUGACACCAGCAGAUAUAAAGGGCGUCGCCCUGAAUGCCACGCUCCACAUGUGCCCAACCAGCCAUCAGAGGCAGCAGCUCACUUCUAUUUUGAACUAGCCAAGACUGUCCUGGUAAAGGCUGGAGGCAACAGCUCAACCUCCAUCUUUACUCAGCCUUCUGCUAGUGGGGGCCACCAGGGGCCUCACCGCAACCUGCACCUGUGUGCCUUCGAGAUCGGCCUGUAUGCCUUGGGCUUGCAUAACUUUGUGUCUCCCAACUGGCUAUCCAGGACGUACUCAUCUCAUGUGUCCUGGAUCACAGGCCAAGCCAUGGAGAUUGGUAGUGCCGCUCUUAACAUCCUUGUGGAGUGUUGGGAUGGCCAUCUCACUCCUCCUGAAGUGGCGUCACUGGCAGACCGGGCAUCAAGGGCCCGAGACCCCAACAUGGUACGAGCUGCAGCUGAACUCGCACUGAGCUGUCUACCUCAUGCUCAUGCCCUAAACCCCAACGAGAUCCAGAGGGCACUGGUGCAGUGCAAAGAACAGGAUAACCUGAUGCUGGAGAAGGCGUGCAUGGCAGUAGAGGAGGCAGCAAAAGGAGGAGGUGUGUACCCUGAGGUAUUGUUUGAGGUGGCCCAUCAGUGGUACUGGCUGUAUGAGCAGACGGUGGGUGGAGUUUCUUCAGCACAGAGGGAGGGGUCAAGUCGAUGUGGGGCAAACGGUGGAGUGGCUCGGAGACCUCCGGAAGGGAGCUGCGGUGUAUUGGAGAGCACCGUGGCCUUGGACUCUGCCGGCGUAGCAGCUGUUACUGCGGCAGUCAGUGCAGCCGCUGUCGUGCCAGUCAUAUCAGUGGGCUCCACCCUUUACCAGUCGCACACACUGCCGGGCACAGCCAUGGCACAUACGCCAGGUCUACACCCCUAUACCACUAUCCAAGCCCAUCUGCCUACUGUCUGCACCCAGCAGUACCUGGGCCAUCAAAUCCAGCACGUCCCCCGACCUACCGUCUUCCCCGUGUCCAGUUCUGCAUAUCCACAGUACGGUUUAGGAGCUUUCUGUGUCUCUCAGGGAAUGCAUCCUGCCUUUAUUGGUGCGCAGUACCCUUUCUCGGUAGCCUCCGGGCCGCAUCCCCCCAUGGCAGCAACUGCAGUCACCUUCCCCGGAGUCCCCGUACCGUCCAUGACUCAGAUUGCUGUCCACCCCUACCACACCGCCGAGGCGGGGUUACCCCUCAGUACUACUGUGGCAGUCGGUGGGGUUCACUCAGGCUCCACCAUCCAGGCCAUUCAGGGGACAUCUCUUCCUGGCCUUUCUUCUCAGCCACCUUCAUUGGUCAGUGCGCCGUUCCCCAUGGAAGAUGAUCAGCACAAUCAGCCUGUCAGCCAGCAGGGGCUGCAUUACCUGCACUCGGCCUACAGAGUUGGUAUGCUGGCCCUAGAGAUGCUGGGUAGGAGAGCUCACAACGACCAUCCUAACAACUUCUCCCGCAGCCCUCCGUACACAGAGGAUGUGAAAUGGCUGCUAGGCCUCGCUGCGCGACUCGGUGUCAAUUACGUGUAUCAGUUCUGUGUGGGGGCUUCCAAAGGUGUGCUGAGUCCAUUCGUGCUGCAGGAGAUCAUUAUGGAGGCUCUGCAGAGGCUGAAUCCUGCCCACAUUCACGCUCACCUCCGCACUCCUGCCUUCCACCAGCUCGUGCAGCGCUGCCAGCAAGCCUACCUACAGUACAUCAACUAUCGGCUGAUCCACCUGACCCCGGCAGACUAUGACGACUUUGUAAACAUAAUUCGAAGUGCCCGCGGAGCGUUCUGUCUCACCCCGAUGGGCAUGAUGCAGUUCAACGAUGUCCUGCAGACCCUAAAGAGGGGGAAACAGACCAAGGAGCUGUGGCAGCGGAUCUCUCUGGAGAUGGCGACGUUUUCACCCUGAGCGCUCCACACUCCAGCAGGCACUGACUGACUGAACUGCAGCUCGCCCCAGAGCUCAGCCCAAGCCUAGUGUGAGUCACAGCGCCCCCUGCAGAGUCCAGAUCCAUCACUGGCAGCACAAUCAGUCCCCCUCGUGGUCCCGUAUUACUCCCGGAUGUGCAAUCUUGUGGAGUUUUCAGAGACAUGGGAAGAACUCGUGUUAAAAGGAUCCUUCCCUUAUUAUCGAACCCAUUGUCGUGUCUGAUUUUUUAUUUUUUUUUGUGUGUGUGACGUUGAGUAACUUAUGACUAGUGUUUCAUCUUAAAAUCUGUCUUUUUUUCCUCCUCUUUUCACUCUGUUGAUGCUCUGCUUCACUGAGUUUUAAUUGUAUGGUUAGUAAAAGACAAUGUUAUUUUUUUUCUUCAUUAGUUUAGUUGUUGUUUAUUGAUUCAGAUUUGAAUGAAAACUAAAUGUCAGACUCAUACUGCAACAUUCCUCUGCUUUUGGAGGAGUGAGCCUCCACCGGGCAUAAAGGAUUACAGCGUUGGAUACUCCGUAUAUGAACGAGGGAAGAACAUCCUUUAUUAAGAUAAGUAAACGGACAUUUAAUAGGAAACAAUAAUCAAGUACGGGUGAGGAUUCUUCUACGUUUUGUUUUAUUCUUCGUUUGUUUUUUUUUAUAUUUUGUAUAGUGUGUGUGUGUGCGUGUGUGCGUGUGCAGAGAACAGUUUGAGGAAUGAAAGUGACUGCUAUCUGAGUUCUCUUUUCCAGCUGGCUGUUGGUGGCGAGGGCUUGAGGUUUUGGAACACAGAAGUUUGGCUGGACCAAAUGAUUUUUUUUUUUUUUUUUUUUUAAAAACCUACAUGACUUUUCAGAAUCUAUCUAUUACAAGUCCACCGCCGCCAGGCUCUCGUCCUCCCACUCUUUUCCCCCAACGUUAAACUUCACGGAUAUUUUGUUCUUGUUUUCUGUGCAUGUGUAUUUAUCAUCAAAUGUCGAUGUGCAUACACAGGCAAAAGCAGUAUUCUCCUUUUAUCUCAGUUCUCAUUCAUGUCCGUCUCUCUGAAACAGACGCACACUUUCGAUGUUAAUGUAGAGAGGUGGUCCACUGCCAGGUUCCUGUGUUUCCAGCCCCAAGUCCGGCGCCCACUUUGGAGCUCACUAGUAGGGAAUGAUUGUAGAAAUUGUACUGUGAUAUUUUUGUAUUCUUCAAAGUGUAGCUUGAUUGGGAAGAAGAUAUAUAAAUAUAUAAAUAUAUAUGAAUAUAUAAACUGUGCUGAUUGCAAAUGGUUGUAAUCUAGACUAAAGGAAAAAAAAAAAGAAAAUGGAACAGACAAAAAGCAAUAUUGAAAAUGUAGAGUUUACUUAAUAAAGAUAACUCAAAACACUAAUUUUGUGGUUUUUUCCAUGUUGUAAUUGAAUUGUAAUUGGUUUGGGCUUCAUUUCCUGUAAAUGAAAAUAAAUACAUAGUACAUUGCCCACUGACCUCUUGAGAUAGAUGAUUAGAACUUAAAGUACUUAUUCUGGCCUUGAGGUUUCUUCACCGUAUAUAAACCCUCGCAAGGAGCAAAUGGCAAAAACGCCUUAUGUAUGCAACGCAUUUAACACUGGAAUUGAAAGUUUGGAAUCUGUUUUGGAUGUUCAAAGUGGAAUAAUUUGUUAAAAAUGAGGCAUGCAAAAGUAAACCGAGUACUGUAGAAGAAGAAGGAGGAGGAAGGGAAAAGAAGAAGGAAGUAGGAUCUUGCAUAGCAGACAGACCAAAUGAUAGUGAGUUAUGAAUGUAAUUCAUUUUUAAGAUCUAUGUUUCAAGAAGAUAAUAUCCUCACCAUUGGAGUGUACUUGUUUGGAAAUUUGGAGGAUUUGGGAAUACAAAAGAAUUCACUGAUUUCAACUUAAUAUACAUUGUGUGUGUGUCAGUAGCUCUGAGGUGUUCAGUAUUUAUUUUGGUUCUGUCCCAUUAUAAAAACAUUCUGGAUUGAGACGCAAAUUUACAUUUUUUUUUUUUUUUUUUUUUAAUAUUGGCUUUGAAGGAAUAGAUGGAUAGAUUAAUU